UAAUAACAAAGAACCAAACCAAAACCACUGUAUACACUGUUUCUUCCUAUAAAUUACAUUCACCACUGUUUUUCUCGACUCAUUUUUGUUUCAUUUUCAACACUCACUUUGUUUCCUCCGUCCUUAGAUCUCAGAUCUCUUGCAAUGUCUUCCAUUACAGGAACCUCCAUGUCCCUCCUCUCUCUCUCCAACCAAUCUAUGGUUUGUACCAGGAUCUCUGGUCCAAGAUCAGUUUCCCUUUCAAUGAAGGGAACAAAUUUUCCAUCAAUUACUUUGCAGCCAAGAGGACCAAGAUUUCAAGUUAAAUGUGCGGCUAAACCAGAGACUGUGGAGAAGGUGUGUGACAUAGUCAAGAAACAAUUGGCCCUGCCAGAAGGUUUGACUGUUACCGGAGAGUCUAAAUUUACUGCACUCGGAGCUGAUUCUCUUGACACGGUUGAGAUUGUGAUGGGACUUGAGGAAGAAUUUGGCAUUAGUGUAGAAGAAGAAAGUGCCCAGAGCAUCACAACUGUUCAAGAAGCUGCUGACAUGAUUGACAAGCUUCUUGAGACCAAAGCUUAAACUAGCAAAGAGGACUUAAAUGUCCAUUUUGGAGGGUUUUUUUUUGUUGCUAUGUUAUCUUUGGUGUGUCAGUUUGAUUGAUCUUCAUGUAACUGCUAGAUCUUUUCUGGACCAUAAUAGGAUUACAAUAAUACUAGAUUUUAUCUUAAUUUUGUAGAACUUGUGUCUUUUUCUUUACCUAUCAAAUGAAAUUUGCUCUUAAAAUUUGCUAUCUUGAGAGAAAUACUACUACAAACCAUUUGGAUGGUUGAUUGCCAAA